AUGGCUUUAACUGCCAUCCAAUCAGAGAGCAUAACAUCUACUACUGCGCAGAAGCAGCAAACGAUGAUCACUGUCAGAUUGACAACCAAGUCGAUUCGAUACUCAAUACCCAAUGCCAAGUACUUGGUUCCCUCUGAUUGGAAAAGGUUUCAACUUAGUCAACUGAUCAACAAAGUGCUUCAACUUGAUCAACCCGUACCGUUUGAUUUCGUGGUCAACGAUCAACUUCUCAGGACGUCUGUGAAAAGCUUCAUAGACUCUCGUGGUCUAUCAACUGAAUCAGUCCUUGAAAUUGAAUAUCUCGAGAGCGUCCUGCCGCCCAAAUUUAUCCAGAGUUUAGAACACGAUGAUUGGAUUUCGGAUUUAUCUAUUUCCAAGCAAGGGACAUUUUUAACUGCUUCGUACGACUCAAAUCUCCGAUUGUUCUCGGCCUCUGACUCUACAAAGCCGGUACUAACGAUAUCAGGUCAUGAACAGCCGGUCCUAUCGGUCAGCUGGAUUAACGGUCCUACUAAAGACUCUUCGGGACCAAGUCGAAUUGCCAGUGGGGGACUAGAUCGAGUCGUCAAAAUCUGGGAAAUUUCUUCGUCCGAAACAAAUCUGCUGCAACUCGAGCAAAGCUAUUCUUACAAAAACACCCAUGUCUUACCACUUCACAAGUCGCCCGUCAGUACAAUUCAAUCAUGCGAGCAUGAUCAGUCCGCUGGUCAGUUACUCACAGGUGACUGGGAGGGGGUGCUGGCACUCUGGGAUCUGUCCUCUUCGAUCGGGGACCGUCAAACCGAACCUGAGAAUGCUGAAUUUCCAAACGAAGACCCUCGCAACUUGAAACGGCGAAAAAAGAAUCAAAAUCUCAAAUCAUCUGGAUCUUCCGUGAUAUCCAAGCAGCCGGUUCAAGUCGUCAGUGCCCACCAGUCCAAGAUAUCUCGAGCGAUAUUCUCAAAGUCCGAUUCCAACAAGGUCUUUACUGCUUCCCACGAUCACACUGUGAAACGAUUUGAUCUAGAAACUGGAUUGGAAGAAUGGUCCAAGUUGGCUGGACCGGAGAAGUGUUUGCUGGAUAUUGACGAAUGUCAAGGUCGGGAAGGUCUGCUUGUUACCGGGUGUAUGGACAGAACAAUUUGCUUUUGGGAUUGCCGAGAUGGUAAAGUGCAAAUUGCCUAUUCAGGACACCAAGCAUAUUAG